CUUGAAGCGGGGAAGCAACUCUACAGUGCUGGCCGUGGUAGGAGACUCGGAAAGUCGGAACACAGCUCGCUCGCUCGCAGCAGUGACAGCUCGAGCGGAGUGCCAAGAUUGGGCGGGUACGCUCGCGCUGGCGUCCUGUUCGUUCCUGCCUCGGCGAGCUAUCUGCUGAUCCCUCUGGCUGAGCUGCAGUCUCGUGAAACGACCAGACCAGUCAAGACCGCAUAG